CCCCCCGCGAAGCUGGCAACGAGGAUUCGGUACUUAAGUACUUAAGACCCGCCAUCUCGACGUGACUUUCGUGCCCCAAGCGGCUGCCUUCUAUAUCAAUCCUGACGCUCGCCUGUCCACCUUUCCCUUAGUUCUUACGCCCACCAUGCUAUCCCUGCAACCUCAGGCUAUCCCCCAGCGUGCGCACGUCGCUCUCCAUGUUGAGGACCGCGAUCGGCCAAAGGAUAUCCAGCUCAACGAGCUGGGAGACUUGCAGGACGCCGUGGAACCGUUCGCCAAGCUGAUCAGCCGUUUUGGACAAUCCGUGCGACUUCACUGCACCGUGCCGACGACCAUCCCAUCGUGUGACACCUUCGUCGAUGCCCAAGACUUGCACGACCUUCGAACGCGGUCGCUCGUUUUUGUCCACAACUUGGUGGAGGCUCUGCGAUCCCAAGGGACUCCCGCGUCUUACCGCCUCCAGCCAUCGAGCUGCCCUCUGUGUGUGGUCUGUGCCUUACCAGCGGACAGUGAUGCCAACAAAGUCAAAGCAGCCGCCCUCGCGGCUGUUGAAAAUGCGCACUUGCAAUUGAGCCAAAAAGCUUUGCUUGCCGAUCUCGAAGACGGCCUUGCGCUUGUUAUCACAUAAUAUUAUUUCAGACGUCUCGGAUUCCUCUCAUCGCUAUUCCCAUCUUUUUGACUUCCCUUUGCAUCUGUAUACUCUGCACGUCACGUUCAUGGUUCCUUCUCUACGUACUUGCUCUUUCUCCUCUUAAUCAGUAUCAUGGACUCUCAAUGGCAUGUUUAUAUUCUGUCUCUGUCUAGACAGCCAUUGUUUCUGGAACGUCUACAAACUUGCGCCUAAGCGAUCGUUGUCGAGUCUAACUCAAGCUCAUCAUCGCAUACUUCGCCCCUG